UGGAGCGCUGGAUGUGUUGAAUGGAGGCAGGUUGUCUGACUCCAAUAAGCGGAGAGUUUGAUGUUUACUCCGUCAAUCUGGAAACUUGAGAGAGCACGACGAUCUUCAAAGGUUGUGUUAUAUCAGCAGCAUUUGAAGAAUGCCAGUUCUGUUGUCAAAGGAAUGAUAUUUUGACUCAUUUUUGGCAAUUACAUGUAGGCAACAACAGCAAAGGUUCCUUCAAUCAAUCAAACCAGGAACUUGGUCCUUGGUCAGAGGAGCUCACCUGCUCAGGAUCUGAGUUGAGUCAGCGAUGGCAGUUCGUUCAGGUAGCCCCCAGGAAGUUGUAAAGACAGAGGUGCAGUCCGAUAGAGUCAUCUUCACCUACUUCCAGGGUGACAUUGGUAGCAUGGUGGACCAACACUUCACCCGUGCCCUCGGCAAGGCCGGCAAGAACAAGGCCCCCAGCGGGAAGGGCAAAAAGAGCCGCAAAGCUGUCAAAUCUGAGUCUGACUUAACGUCUUGUCAGUGGGGUGUCUCAACCCCAUCCUGGUCUGAAGGCCACUUUGCCCCUGUCUCUGGUUCCCUUCAGCUGAGCAACACCAAGGAGUCCAGCUCCAGCCACCCCCCCGCCCUCGACUCCCCAGACGAGAGCCCCAGCCCCUGGGCCUUCGCCUCUAGGCAACAUGGUGGUCUGGGCCUGCCCGCCAUGGCCUAUCCCCAUGCCAUGUCCUCUGAGGGCCUGGGGGUCACUGGACAGCAUUACACCAACUCCCUGCUCAAUCUCCUCCACAGUGACCGGUCAGAGGUGGCUGCAGACUUGGUCUCAGGUUCCAAACCAGAGCUUUUCCCUAGCUGGACGGGUCACCCGGUCUUCAGAGAACCCAUGAACCCUGACUCAGGAAUAGUUCUGGAGAAAAAGGACCUGUAUUGGUAUUAAAUGAAGUGUCAGUGCGCAGGGAAGAGAGAGAAAAGUCUGCAACACAUGCAUGCUGUGCUCCCUCUGGUAAUCAGACAAUUUCCUGCCAAACCGGCCUCCUCCACAGCCACUCUCGGAAGGAUUACAGUUCCUUGAAAUGCAACAGCUGGAACGGCCUCUCAGAAACAAAACACUUUCUGACUAACCUGUUUGCAAACCGGAUUAUAAUUCAAC